UAACUUACAUGUCUAUGUAUAACUACCAACAAAAUCAGCACUGCCAGUGCCUAUCCUCAAUCACACCUGAACAGGCUAUCACGAGCAUGUACCUCAAUCAUUUUCUUAAAGCCAGCUAUGUUAGGUGCAUGGGCAGCAGAAUUUAACCACUAAACUACAAAUCACUGAAACCAUGAUGAUUUAAAAAGAAGACAUUUGGUGAUUAGAUACACCAAGGAAGACCAUAGAUUUAAUUAAGAUGAACUGAAAAUUUAGAGAGGCCUGGCUUGUAGUGUCUGCUCCAGACAAGUUUAUGUCUGCUCAUUUGAGAACACAGGCAUUUUGCUGUGAAUACAAGGCGCUCACCUGGGGCUGGUACUCUCACCUGGUAUUCUCACGCUGAGCAUCAGAGAGAAAUUUGAAAGACUGAAGAAAAUGGCUCCCUCCUUUGAGAACUCGAAAGGAGAUGCUGCAAGGGGUGAUCAUAUAAUAUUCAAUGCAUCAAAAGGUGAAGCACUUCAGUUAUCAACUGGAUUUAAGACACUGUCGAGAAAACUGAAAGGAAACUGGAAAAUCACAAGCAACUCGGAGUUUUUGUCGACGGACGUGCUGUCCGAUGCCCGCGUGCUGGUCCUGCCCGGCCCCACGGAACGGUUCACCGCCGACGAGAUAGAGACGCUGAAGAAGUUCGUAGCCUCGGGCGGCAGCCUGCUGGUGAUGCUGGGCGAGGGAGGCGAGAAGCGCAGCAAGACCAACAUCAACUAUCUGCUGGAGGAGUACGGCAUGAGCAUCAACAGCGACGCAGUGGUGCGAUCGCAGUACUACAAGUACUUCCAUCCGAAGGAGUGCUACAUCUCGAACGGCAUCCUGAACCGCGCCCUCAGCCAGAUGGCCGGCAAGUCCAUCCCCGGAAUGGGUAUGGAUGACGACGGAAACAACACGCAGGCGCUGGUGUACGUGUACCCGUUCGGGGCGUCUGUAAACGUGGUGAAGCCGGCCGUGCCGCUCCUCUCGACUGGCAGCGUCGCCUUCCCCGGAAACAGACCGAUCUGCGGCCUGUACCAGAACGACGCCGGCGGCAAGAUCGUGUCCCUGGGCUCUGUGGCCAUGCUCUCCGACCAGUACAUCGACAAGGAGGAGAACAGCAAGAUCAAGGACGUGCUGUUCGACCUGCUGACGCGCACAGAGCCCGUGCAGCUCAACAGCAUCGACGCAGGAAACCCGGAGAUCAGCGACUAUAACCAGGUUCCGUCGACUGGUAAGCUGGCGGAGCGUCCUCGCGUGUGUCUGCAGGAGUCGGACAGUGUGCCGGCCGACUACACCAAGCUGUUUGACACGCACGUGUUUUCCAUCAACACCCGACUCGUGCCGCAGGCGAUCGAGUCUUACGACAACCUGGGAGUGAAGCACGAGCCUCUGAAGCUGAUCACGCCCCAGUUCGAGACGCCGCUGCCGCCGCUGCAGCCGGCGAUUUUCCCGCCGGCGUUCCGUGAGCUCCCGCACCCGCCGCUGGAGCUGUUUGACCUGGACGAGGCCUUCAGCAGCGAAAAGUCUCGGCUGGCGCAGAUCACCAAUAAGUGCACGGACGCCGACCUCGAGUAUUUCGUCCGGGAAUGCGGCGAGAUCAUGGGCAUUUCUGGAAAGCUGCCUCCGGACGCUCGCAGCGCCAAACACAUUCUGGAGUACGUCCUGUUCCAGUUGGUGGAAUUCCGCAAACUGAACCAGGAGUUCGACACUGGUUAUUACGAGCAAGGGGAACCUGAGUAAGGGUCUGCCCGACCAGCCCAGUCUAGACCUGAACUCGACCCAACCAGCGUCAGCACGUGAUCCGUUCAGGAACGGACGUGGAACCACAAUACCACACUUUGCGGGAACACCUUUUAUCCGGCUGGUCACUGUUUGAAAUUUUACACCCGUCUUAUGAGUCGUGGCAUGGCAUUUUUGCUAUCUUUGUUUUGUGUCCGCACAUAGGUAUUUCUAUGUUGGUGUGUUAUUGAUCUUCAACUGCAUUUUUUGUUUUGUUUUUAAUUGAAUUCAAAGUAACUUCAUGAGUGAACUAAAUCUAUGAUUUACGUACGCAGUGUGAAGCUGUUUUGCGACAGACUGUUGGUGCCGGCACACAUUUUACAAAUACCGGUUGAUGGAGCAAUCUGUGAACAAGCACAGUAGUGUGAUGAUGGUAGUCGUUACCAUGAAUAGUAUAAACAUUUAGUCAUCUUCUAGUCAUAAGCUAGUCUCGUACACGUUUAUGUUGUGCUUUUGUGAUGCCACGUGUGUGUGUGUGUUGUACACGUACACAGCCCCAGCUAAAUGGAAGGCAUCUUUGAAAGCUUUUUGCGUAGUUUCUCUGCAUUUGCUGAUAUGUAUCAUGUUUUCAAUGAUCUUGAUGUUUUUUUUUUCACAUAAACCCUUGAUACUUUACACAAUAAUAUGUAGGUCGUCGCAGCUGCAUUGCGGACUCGAGAAUGCUACAACCGCGAUGUUUUGGACUGAGCACGUAACAAAUAUGUGCACAACCCCAACGUUUCUAACGUAACGAUCAACGGCCGAAGCCCGACACUAGUAUGUUGGGCUUAUGCGCGAUACACUGUACUCGCUCGUUUACAAUUUUCGGCGUGUUUGGCGAUUCCAGCCUGUUUCAAUGUGCACACUGAUCUGUGAUCCGGCGCUGUCUGCCUGUACAACUAUUCCGUCCACUUAAGCACAGGUACCGCGAGAUUGCAUGCCUAAUAUGUAACGUUUUUAUUCAUCUUUGGCUGACAAGUGAAAUAAAUGCACACUUACUGGUGAAUAUAGGUGGUUUGUUGGGUAGUUGUUGGUGGGAAAAGCGAUACCAAAUGGAGAGAUCAAGGUCUCAUCAGACGAAAAUGUCUCGGGUUGGUUAAAUGCAAUAUAGUUAUUUAUUUCAACCU